GAUACCACGAUGUCUAAGGCCCAAGCUCUCGCAGAACCUUCCAGAGACAAUUGUGCCCCAGGAACUGCUUUGAUUGAUACUGAGGCGCAGGUAGUCUGUCAUAAUCGCAGGGGUAUCGUUUCCGGGGUGCAUAUGAUAUUUGGAACUAUCGAUAAAGUUCGUCAGAUCAUCAGUACCCUUUUUGGAUCCCGCGCAGUCCCAGUAUCAGGCGUGAGUCCUCAUGUUGCAGUUACAAUUCGAAAAGCCUUGGCCGAUGAUAUUAAAAAAAAGGAGAACCAAAUUCGGGAGGCUCACAGUCAACUGGAUAGAUUGAUCCAGCAAAAUGAAUUCCUCACCAAGGAACUGGUGAAGAGAGACAAUGAUCUUCGCAAGACUCACAUGCAGCUGUCAACGGCUAAAGAGAAGGGGACCAAGCUGCGGGCCAUCCUCUUGGAAAAGACCAAUUUUGAUAGGGUAAGCGAUCACGAAAUCAAGGAUAAGUUCUUGUCCAUCCGUCAGAAAGCUCAGGCGAUAUCUCGUUCUUCUACCUACGAUCUGAGCAUGUUAGAUCCCGCAAUUUGGGGCCACCUGACAGUCCAAGACCGUAAGAAUAUAAUCAUGUCGGGCAUCUUUGACUUACUUCAAUGCUACAUUCUUAACAGCAGAGUGUUCUGUCAAUAUCAGCUCUUAUACGAUCAGCCUGACCCAAACCCAAGAUACGACAUUGAAGUGGCAUUGAGCGAUAUUGAGACAAUACUUGAACAUAAUCACGUCGAUGAAACACUAAUCGUCAAUUGGCGGAUCGCCACCAUGGACUGCCUAUCCGAGCUCAUUGGUUCAUCCCCAAGGCACAAAAUAGUCGCACAUGAGAUUUUCGCAGACUUCGCCCUUCUCAUAUCCCCCAAAUCAGGAACCAGAGAGCAGAAUGAACUUAGAGAGCAGUUCCAAACUAUCUGCGACGAGGCAUGGGAGGUGGCAAUGAUUAUGAGAAGGUCUCGGGAAGGGCAUAAAUGCUUUGUACCUCCUACAGGAACAACGAAGUGUUUGUUCAACGCCUAUGAGUCACUGGUAGAACCAAUCACCGUCGAGGGAGGGAAGAAUGAGGAUGGGUCGGACGAGAUUGCUUAUUCCCUGUUUGGGGCUCUGGUGAAGGGUGCCCAAUGUCAUUGGGAAGCAACGGGGGAGGGGGUCUUAGAGAAGGCCCAGGUGGUUCUAAAGAGGCGAGAACAUGCAUUCGCGUGUGUUCCGUCCAGCGACCACGAAGCUGCUUAG